CUCUCUCUCUCUCUCUUCUUCACUGUCUACAGCAGAAAAACAAGACCCAGUUGUGCUUUUGUGUGUUUCUUUGGUUCUGUGGUUUUAAGGAGAAGGUGGCAGCUGAAGACAAAAGGUCAUGGCCAAAAACUUGACUGUUUCUUCACUGGAAUGCAGAAGGGGUCACUCUCAUAAUUUCUCUGCUUUCCUAUGGUCUUCUUAGUGUUUGUUUUUGUUGAGGCUUCCCCUUCUGGUUCACUUGGGAGGUCAGAUCUUGUUCUUAUGAAGAGAUCUGCAAUUUUCUUGAAAGUGCUACUGAUUGUUGUUGCACUAAUCUGUGGGGAAUCAUGGGCAACCACAGAGCACUUGCAUUGCAAGAGAACCAGAAAAAUAGUAACUCGACCUCAUAGUGUCACAAUAACUGAGUUCGGUGCUGUCGGAGAUGGUGUCACACUAAAUACUAAAGCAUUUCAGAAUGCCAUCUUUUAUCUUCACUCUUUUGCUGAUAAAGGAGGUGCUCAGCUAUUUGUUCCUGCCGGCCGGUGGCUGACAGGGAGUUUUAGUCUCAUCAGCCACCUAACAUUGUCUUUGGACCAGGAUGCUGUGAUCAUUGGUUCUACGAGUUCCUCUGAUUGGCCGAUCAUCGAAUCAUUACCUUCAUAUGGACGAGGCCGGGAACUACCUGGUAGAAGGCAUCAGAGUCUUAUUAAUGGAUCCAAUCUCACAGAUGUGAUUAUAACUGGUGGCAAUGGGACCCUCGACGGCCAAGGUGGUGUUUGGUGGCAAUGGUUUAAUAAUCAUACACUGAACUAUACACGUCCACAUCUUGUAGAACUGAUAAAUUCAACUGGAGUGGUUAUUUCCAAUUUAACUUUUAUGAACUCUCCAUUUUGGGCAAUUCACCCUGUUUAUUGCAGCGAAGUCCUGAUUCACGAUGUCACAAUCCUCGCCCCUCUGGAUUCACCUAACACAGACGGUAUCGAUCCAGACUCAUCAAGCAAUGUAUGCAUUGAGGAUUGCUACAUCAGCACUGGUGAUGAUGUGAUUGUGAUCAAGAGUGGCUGGGAUGAGUACGGGAUCGCCUUUGCGCACCCAAGCACAAACAUCAGCAUUAGUCGAAUCACAGGACAAACAAGAUCAGGUGCAGGCAUUGCCUUCGGAAGUGAGAUGUCCGGCGGUAUAUCUGAAGUUCAGGUAGCCAACAUACAUUUGUUCAACUCAAAACAUGGUAUCAGAAUCAAAACAUCUCCGGGCCGAGGCGGGUAUGUGAAGAACAUACACAUCUCGGGUGUGAUCAUGGAGGAUGUCAAUAUAGCCAUCAGAAUCCAAGGCAACUACGGCGAGCAUCCGGAUGACAACUUUGACCCCAAUGCUCUUCCAUUGAUUAGCCGAAUCACCAUGAAGGACAUUGUAGGAACUAACAUCAGUCUUGCAGGGCUCUUGGCGGGUAUUCCAGGGGACAAUUUCAGCAGCAUUUGUAUGUCUAAUAUAAUCUUCACUGGGACAUCAUCAUCAUCUUCAUCAAGUCCUGCAUGGAAAUGUUCAGACAUUGAGGGGUAUUCUGACAUGGUGUCCCCAGAGUCUUGUGAGCAACUUCAUAAGGACAUUCCUGAGGACCCUUCAAAAGUUUGUUAUGGUCUAUAUGAUUCUUUGCAGCAGGAGGAACACUAUGAUAGUGAAUUAAUGGCAUCAAAACCAGACCAGUUGGCCCCAGAAUGAAAGAGUGUGUGUGAUCAUUUUAUAAGUUGUAAUUGGGCUGAAGAGUGUGUGGAUGUCUCUUUGUGAUGAUAUUGAUUCAUGUCAUUUUUUCUAUAUAUAUAUAUAUAUAGCACAGCUGUGGGAUUUUAUUACUAUGGGAUUUGAUGUUUUAUUUGA